GAACAAUUUCAAUAUCACUUAUUCACAACGAAAUAGCUUGGAUACAUUUUGCGACGAUGUCUACCUCGACUUGAACCAUAUCUUGAAGAGUCGCUCUCAUGGACGUUCACAGAGCUCGUUUCGUUCCGUUCCCGAGCUUUGCGGUCAGUGCUGUGGCAUUCUCGCGGUCUUCUGAUUCGGAAGACGAAGUCCAGCCGGAUCUCAAGUUAGCGAUUGGGCGACAAGAUGGCUCAAUAGAAAUAUGGAACCCUAUAUCUGGACGCUGGACACAAGAAAUUGUACUACAUGGGGACGAUAGCAAAAGCGUGGACGGUCUGGUAUGGAUCCGGGGUGAGGACGAAUCAAGAGAUGGCAUCGUCACAUUGGGCCAACAACGGCUGUUCAGCAUUUCCGGUUCGCCUGCGGUGACGGAAUGGGAUCUUACUCGAGCUGCGCCCAAAAAGCCAUCUUCUGGCAACUUCAGCGAAGUAUGGUGCUUCGCAGCUCAACCUCGCGCCUCGGCCGACGGUGGAAACGGCGAGGUAGCUGAAUCGCAAGAUUUGGUCGCUGGCUGCGCAGACGGAACGCUGGUCAUCCUCUCAACCAAAGAUGACGACCUCCAAUUUCAGCGAGUACUCGCUCGUGUGAGCGGCAAGAAGACUCGUUGUUUGAGCGUCACUUAUCAGCAUCGGGAUCGAGUUGUAGCAGGAUUCACAGAUGGCACUUUGAGAAUCUAUGACGCAAAGAAGGACACCUGCCUCCGCACAAUGAGCUUAGGUGCGAGCCUGCCUGGUUCGCCCAAAAACAUCUACGUGUGGCAAGUCAAGUGCCUGCCUACUGGCGAUGUGGUCACCGGGGACUCGAGUGGCAACAUUACCAUCUGGAAUGGGCGAUCAUAUUCAAUCUCUCAACGAAUAACGGCACAUGAUACCGAUUGCUUGGACAUUGUCACCAGUUCAGAUGGCAAAUCAAUAUACUCAGGGAGCAUCGAAGGUCGUGUCGCUGUGAUAAGAAAUUCUCCGAGCCUGUCGGGCAAGAAUAUGUGGACCAAGCAAAGUCAUCGCAAGAUACACGACGGCGAUGUGAAGUGCAUGACGGCGUUCGAUGCAAAAGACAUGAGCGUCAUCGUCUCUGGAGGAAGCGACAUGAAAGCUAUUGUGACGCCUCUACGAGACUACGGUAGAGCCUCUAGUCAUGCAUUGCCGCAUUUGCCACAGCGACCAUCAGUGACAAGCGCGCGUCAUGCUCGGUUGCUUGUGAGCUGGUGGGACAAGACUGUCAGCAUCUGGCGCAUGAGCCGCAAACCAGGAUUGGAGCUAGAUCCACAGCCUCCUCGCAAGCUCGUUGCCAAACUAACACUUGACACGAAAGCCGACAUUGAAAGUGUCUGCAUCACUGAGGAUGGAAGGCUUCUGGCUGUUGCUACACGUGCUGAAGUCAAAGUUUUUCAGCUGAGAAAGAGACUCGACGAUGCUGGACUCGCAAUCCGCAAGGUUGAUUUACCUCGUGAUCUCGCAUCACUGUCUUCGCAUGUCGUCGCUUUCUCUCCUGAUGGCAAAUGGCUCGCGGCUGUUUCCGAUUCCAACGACCUGCAAGUAGCUCGCAUCGUUAAUGAUGCAUCCAACUCGAAACGAUUGCAAGUUCUGGAUCAGGUCGUCGAACUAGAGAGACGCAUGCAACCGGCGACCCAAUCAAGAGGUUUUAACCAAUACGAUCGCACAGUAGUGCGUAUAACAUUCUCAUCCGAUAGCAACAUUCUCGCAACAGCUGAUUUAGCUGGAUAUAUUGAUUCAUGGACGCUCGAAGGCCACGAAGAUGCCGCAGCGCCGGCAGUAGGUAGCCUUGUAAGCAACAGCACGACAAAAGCUUCAGAGGAGUCCGAUUCGGAUAGCUCGGACGACGAUGAUGAGCCCGUUAUCUUUUAUGGUCAACAUUGGAUGGAAAAUCCUCGGGGGCAUUUGUUACCAAAGCUGGAGUCAGUGCCUCUAGUCUUCACUUUCCGCCCUCAGGUUCAAUCGAAACUUGCAAAUGGACAAGUAAAUGGCGAUGUCCACCAUGGGUCGAACGGCCACUCAUCUCAUCAACUCACUCGUGAUCCACAGCAUCUCUUUGUCAUGACAGCCAAGCACCAGAUUCACGAAUUUGACGUAGUAGCUGGUCACUCCAGCAGCUGGGGUCGCCGCAACCACGCAAGUAUGCUUCCGACCGAAUUCCGCAAACAACGCGAUCGCGUCAUGGGCUCACUAUGGGAUGUGACUCGAGACCACCAGCGAUUAUGGUUGUAUGGCAAUUCCUGGAUGCUCAUGCUCAAUGUCGCGGGCGACCUCGCAACGCCCACUCUCGCGACCAAGUUCGAUCUGCCAUCGCACAAUGUGUCCACCAGCAAGAGGCGCCCUAGCGGACGAGAAGAUGCACCUGGGACCAUCACAAUCACCGCUGAAUUUGAAGACACACCCAACAAACGUCGCCGCGUCGAUGGCCCUUCCCGCCAGCCAGCCUAUCGCGAGGGGCUCGCCGGCACAGCGAAACGAUAUGAAAAGGGCAAUGUCACCACUUUCGACCUCGAUGCUCGCGGAACUGCCGCUGCGCAUGGUGGGCCCGAUGAGGACGAAGAGGACGAGGCGGCCGGCGCCUUUGUUCGGGCGGCACAACUGCGCCGCGCGCAGCAAGAACCAAACGUCGACCGGGACCAGGACGACGACGAGGAUGCGGACGAUCACGAUCAGGACGAGAAUCACGUCAAUGGCGAUGGGCCACAGUCACGUGGCGCGCUCGUUAGCGUCGAUCCAUCCGCGCAGCAAGCGACAUCCGAUUGUCGGUUCUGGCAUACGACUCGGUACCGGUCGAUCCUCGGCGUCGUGCCUCUGGGCGACUUCGGCGUCGAUGAAGCGGAUGGAAGCAUCGCCCAAGCGGGAGCUCUGGUAGGUGGAGACGAGGGUGUGCUCGAGGCGGUGGUGGUCGAGCGGCCGUUGGAGACGGUCCCGUAAGCUGAUGGUCAACGGCUCUGGAGGAAGGGGGUAUGGGUGAGAGACUCUGAAAAGAGCUGCUGAAUGCUGAUGCGAGCACCAAUGUAUGAGAAAACAUGUACCAUUCUGCUCGUCACUUCUGGCGAUCAUAUCUUUGAGAGCGAGCUUCGCGUGGAUUGCCCGGCGCAUAGAAGAGGAGAACAUCGAUGAAGAGAUGAAGAAUGAUUUUGAUUGCUUUCCCGAAGUCAUAAAAAAUAGGCAAACGCCGUCGCUAAGUGCUAAUCAUGAUGAGGUACCACACGAAUAAAAAUGACCAAAUCCCCGACCA